AUGGAUUCUCCGCCCGCGGACGAACCCAGCCUCCAACCAGCUUCCAUCAAUCGUCGGAGCAAACCCCAGCUCUCCUGUAAUCUAUGUCGUCGGAGGAAGCUCCGAUGCGAUCGCAAGGAGCCCUGUUCGACAUGCACCGCUCGUGGAUUGGCGCUCUCGUGUGCCUAUCCCAACAAUCAAGCCCCAGCCCAGCGCCGACGGGCGCCUGGGCCACAUGAGACCUACAGGGGUUGCCCCCAAGCAACCGUUCAAGACCGUUUGGGCCAGUUGGAGCAGAUCGUUGUUUCGCUGAUGCAGAAGACCACUUCAGAUGGCCAAGACCGGCCGGGCCAGCAUCUAGGCGCGUCGAUUCCCCAAGAUCGCCCCGAAGAGGGCUCACCAGAAGGAGCCACCAAUUCCGAAGUCUCUCCAGCUCAGUCCGACGGUGGAAAUGUAUGGUUUAGCUCUUCAGAUGCCCAGUACGUCGGAGGAACCCAUUGGGCUACCAUCCUGGAUGGGAUCGCCGACCUCAAGGAGCAGCUCGAACGGGAAGACCACCGGAACAUGGAAAAACCUGCUAUGCUGCAUACUUUUCUGCUGUAUGGAUGUAAAUCAGCAAGUAAAGAAGAUAUCUUGGCAGCUCUGCCCGAUCGACCCGUCGUCGAUCGUUAUAUAUCCCAGUACUUCAAUCGGUUGGACUUGGCGCCAUACUGCCUACACAGUGGUCAAUUUUCACGAGAGUAUGAACGGUUCUGGGAGAAUCCAUCCCAGGCCUCGGUCAUGUGGCUCGGUCUCCUCUUUUCUAUGAUAUGUCUCGCAGUGCUGGCUUCUAGUGCGGCAGACUCCAGCUCAUCUCCGGGGUUCCGAAAUCCGUUGGUGGAUACAUACCGCGAAAAGAUAGUACAGUGCCUCAUUCUGGGCGAGUACACCAAAUCAGGGCGUUACGUGUUUGAAACCCUAUACCAUUACUUGACCAUCGAGUAUUCCAUCCGCAAGGAUGCUGACCAGGACAUCUGGAUCCUUUCGGCAAUUUCAGUCAAUAUAGCUCUACGUAUGGGCUACCACCGGGAUCCGUCGCACUUGCCAGGGGUCUCUCCAUUUGCAGGAGAGAUGAGACGGCGGGCCUGGGCCACCAUUCUACAGGGAGAUAUCUUGAUUUCGACCCAAAUGGGUAUGCCACGCAUGAUCAAGGAUUGGCAAUGUGACACAGUAGAGCCCCGUAAUCUGAAUGACUCGGACUUCGAUGAGGACUGCUCCAAGCUUCCCCUGUCAAGACCGGAGACGGAGAUCACUACGGUUUCGUACCUGAUCGCUCGACGACGUAUCUUUGGCGCCUUGGGUGUGAUCGUCGAUUUCACCGCAUCGGUGCGAUCGGUGACCUAUAACGAGGUAAUGCGACUAGAUCGAAUUCUGAAUGAUGCGGAGGCCACGGUGCCUGCCUAUCUCCGCAUGAAGGCCAUGGCUGGGGCGGUGACCGAUCCCCCGCAUGUGAUUAUGCAUCGGCUCUUUCUUAGACUGAUGUUUCACAAGGGUCAGAUUAUGCUACACUGCAAGUACUUAAACCCGGACCUAACCACAUUUUCCGAGGACCACACAUCAUACUCCUACUCACGUAGCUCUUGCAUAAAGGCAGCCUUGGGUAUUUUGGAGAUUCAGCAUAUAUGCGACGAGGAAACCAGCCCAGAUGGCCAGCUUUAUACAAUGCGAUGGAGAGAUUCCUCCAUCAUGAAGCAUGAGUUUCUGACAGCCACGAUGCUGCUAUGCUUUCUCGCACGACAGCCAGAUGCUCUAACUGAUGGCCACAACUUGGACCAAAUCAUAGCAGCGCUAACAAGGGCGCAUGGUAUCUGGAUGAGGUUAAGGAAUUUAUCGAUGGAAGCAAAGACAGCAGCAGAUACUCUCAGCAUUGUUCUUGCUCAACAAUCAGGUGAUUCUGAUGUGGGCGCAGAGGGUCAGACUAUGAACAAUGAUUUCGCCCUAAAUUCAGGUCAGUUGGCCGUCUCACUCUCUUCCCGUGUCCUUGCUUAUGGUAGCUCAGCCCUGCCUAUGCCCUUUCCCGCUGGAGGGCUCAAUGGCAACGGUCUGGAAGAGAAUUUUCAUUAUGGAUUUCCUUUCAUGGCGUCCAGUCAGAUGUUUCCAAGCUCAGCAAUGAUGAUGGAUCCGAACCUCGCAUGGCAAUGGCAAAAGGUUUGUUACAACUCCUAUCCUCUCCAGACGCGCCACUCAAUAGAAAAUAGUACUUUGGAACCGAAUUUCCGCAGGAUCCAGCCUAGAGAAUCCGUGCAAAGUGUGGAGUUCGGCAUGUUGCGUCCGGAACUUUUCGGUGGGAUAUCAGGUUAG